UAUGCCGAAAGUAGUGUCGCGGUCGGUAGUCUGCUCCGACACCCGGGACCGGGAGGAGUAUGACGACGGGGAGAAGCCGCUCCAUGUGUAUUAUUGUUUGUGCGGCCAGAUGGUCCUCGUGCUGGACUGUCCGUUAGAGAAACUGCCCAUGAGGCCGCGGGACCGGGCCCGUGUGAUUGAUGCGGCCAAACACGCCCACAAGUUUUGUAACACAGAAGAUGAGGAGACUGUGUAUCUUCAGCGGGCUCAAGGCAUUGAGCGACAGUACAGGAAGAAGUGUGCCAAGUGCGGACUACCCCUCUUCUACCAGAUCCAGCCAAAGAACGCCCCCGUGACCUUCAUUGUGGAUGGAGCAGUAGUCAAGUUCGGCCAGGGCUUUGGGAAGACAAAUAUAUAUACCCAGAAACAAGAGCCUCCUAAGAAGGUGAUGAUGACCAAACGAACGAAAGACAUGGGCAAGUUCAGCUCUGUCACUGUGUCAACCAUUGAUGAAGAGGAAGAGGAGAUUGAGGCUAGAGAAGUUGCUGACUCAUAUGCACAGAAUGCCAAAGUGAUUGAAAAACAGCUGGAGCGCAAAGGCAUGAGCAAGAGGCGACUGCAAGAGCUGGCUGAACUCGAAGCCAAGAAAGCAAAAAUGAAGGGGACUUUGAUAGACAACCAGUUCAAAUGACCAACACCUUUCUCUGAGCCCCGAUUAGAGGCAAACAUUUAGAUGAGGAAGAAAAGUAACUUCUUGAUUACA